AUGACUCAUGAUCCCUAUUUUCAUUUUCAUUUCAUUACCAAUAGAGCAUCAGAUUUAUCAGGUUUGAGGGUAGCAUUUGAUUCAAGAUUUUUAUCAGAACUAUAUAAUUCAAUAUCAUCACUAUUAAGAUCGAACAAUCUUGUAAACUGA